UGGAAUGCUUUAGGUGAGCAAGUUCCAGCUGCACGCGUAGAUGUCCUUCAUGUGCACAAACCUUUUCAGUGCACUCAGUGAGGGAAGCCAAAGCCGUCCAUGUGUUCCCCUCUGGACUCUGAUCCACUUCAUGGUCUAGCUCAAGGACUUGCACGAAGCUUCUGGCUUGGAGCUGCAGAGAAACAUCCAGCUUGAACUUCACUUGGAACGACGGCGAACAAUUACAGGCACGAGAUACGGGGCCACCAGAUCCCACCGGGGCCGCGUGAAGGAUCUUCCCAACAGUACAUUUGCUGGUGGUUUAUCCGACCCACUCCGAAGGAAACCAAGCGCUGUGGUUUCUGCCACUUCCCUUUCGGAGGCCCUUCGUCAGCCAGAUAACUCCUGCAAUGAGGAAGCGUUUUCUUGCUGUGUAGCCUCAUUUCCAAGCAUGUUUCAUAUUAACUCAUUCCCUCGGUGUCCCCUGGGGGUGGGGUUACCAAGGAAUUAAGUGCGUACUCCCAGAGAGGCUGCAGGUUCCUUUGAGGUCAGCGAGCGAAGGGCUGUAAAUAAACCCAUCAACAUCCUCGCUGGUACAGCAGCUUCGCAGGGUGCUUUCCAUUGUGCCUUUCUCAACGCAUUUUUUUUUCCCCUCCUCUGCUUAUAGCUGCCCUGAUGUCUCUGUAAAUCCAUCCUGGGAUUUCAUUUGAGGAAAGGAUCUGCUGAAUCAAAAGCUUCCUUCCGUUCUUCCCCUGCCCGCUGCUUCCCUCAAGAUGGCAUCCGAUAGCCCAGAGUCGCUAAUGACCUUGUGCACCGAUUUCUGCCUUCGCAACUUGGAGGGGACUCUCUGCUACCUGCUGGACAACGAAACGCUCCGACUCCACCCCGACAUCUUCUUGCCGAGCGAGAUUUGUGACAAACUUGUCAACGAGUAUGUGGAGCUGGUCAAGACGGACAGCAUCUUCGAACCCCAUGAAAGCUUCUUCACCCUGUUCUCUGAUCCCCGGAGCACCAGGCUAGCUCGGAUCCACUUGCGGGAACAGAUCGUGCAGGACCAGGACCUGGAGGCCAUCAGGAAGCAGGAUCUUGUUGAGCUCUACCUGACUAACUGUGAGAAGCUGACAGCCAAGAGUCUGCAAACCUUGGUGAGCUUCAGCCACACGCUUAUCUCCCUUAGCCUCUUUGGAUGCUGUAAUAUCUUCUACGAGGAGGAAAACCCUGGAGGCUGCGAAGAUGACUGUUUGGUGAACCCCACUCGCCAGGUUUUGGUCAAGGACUUUACUUUCGAAGGUUUUAGCCGCUUGCGCUUCCUGAACCUGGGUCGCUUGAUUGAAGGGGUAAAUGUGGAGACAUUGCUUCGGCCUUUGGCUUCCCUUGCGGCUCUUGAUCUCUCCGGGAUCCAGCUGAACGAUGUGGGAUUUCUGACCCAGUGGAAGGACAGUCUGGUUUCCUUAGUGCUUUACAACAUGGACCUUUCAGAGGAGCACAUCCAAGUGAUUGCACAGCUUCACAAGCUCAGGCACUUGGAUAUCUCCCGCGAUCAUCUGUCCAGUUACUACAAAUUCAAGCUGACCCGGCGGGUUCUAAACCUGUUUGUGGAAAACUUGCUAAACCUCACUUCGCUCGAUAUCUCAGGGCACACCAUGUUGGAGAACUGCACUAUCCCAAGCAUGGAAGAGAAGAUGGGCCAGACAAGCAUUGAGCCAGCAAAGAGCAGCAUUGCACCCUUCCGGGGUCUGAAACGACCGCUCCAAUUCUUGGGCCUUUUUGAGACAUCUCUCUGCCGCCUGACACAUAUUCCAGCCUAUAAGGUGAGUGGAGACAAAAAUGAAGAGCAAGUCCUGAAUGCUAUUGAGGCAUACACUGAACACCGGCCAGAAAUCACUUCGCGGGCCAUCAACCUCCUUUUUGACAUCGCCCGCAUUGAGCGUUGCAGCCAGCUGUUGCGAGCCCUUCAGCUGGUGAUCACAGCCCUCAAGUGCCACAAGGAUGACAAAAACAUCCAGGUGACAGGCAGCGCGGCGCUGUUUUACCUGACGAACUCCGAGUACCGCAUGGAGCAGAGCGUAAAGCUGCGGCGCCAGGUCAUCCAGGUGGUGCUGAACGGCAUGGAGUCCUACCAGGAAGUCACAGUGCAGCGGAACUGCUGCCUGACUCUGUGUAACUUCAGCAUUCCCGAGGAGCUGGAGUUCCAGUACCGCCGAGUCAACGAGCUGCUGCUGAACAUCCUCAAUCAGAGCCGGCAGGAUGAGUCUAUCCAGCGCAUCGCCGUGCACCUCUGUAAUGCUCUAGUCUGCCAGGUGGACAACGAUCAUAAAGAAGCUGUGGGCAAGAUGGGUUUUGUCAUGACAAUGCUAAAAUUGAUUCAGAAGAAGCUGGCUGAUAAAACGUGUGAUCAGGUCAUGGAGUUCUCCUGGAGCGCCCUCUGGAACAUUACCGAUGAGACCCCUGAUAACUGUGAGAUGUUCCUUAACUACAGUGGCAUGAAACUGUUCUUGGAGUGCUUGAAAGAGUUCCCAGAGAAACAGGAGCUGCAUCGCAACAUGCUGGGCCUCCUUGGCAAUGUGGCAGAGGUGAAGGAACUCCGCCCACAGCUCAUGACCUCCCAGUUCAUCAGCGUGUUCAGCAACCUGCUGGAGAGCAAAGCAGAUGGGAUUGAGGUAUCCUAUAAUGCCUGUGGUGUGCUCUCCCAUAUCAUGUUUGAUGGUCCAGAGGCUUGGGGUAUAUGUGAGCCACACCGAGAGGAAGUUGUAAAGAGGAUGUGGGCAGCCAUCCAGAGCUGGGAUAUCAACUCCAGAAGAAAUAUCAAUUACAGGUCAUUCGAACCAAUCCUUCGGCUUCUUCCACAAGGGAUCUCUCCGGUCAGCCAGCACUGGGCUACUUGGGCACUGUAUAACUUGGUCUCUGUCUACCCUGACAAGUAUUGUCCACUGCUGAUCAAAGAAGGUGGGAUUCCCCUUCUGAAGGACAUGAUUAAAAUGGCCUCAGCACGGCAGGAGACCAAGGAAAUGGCCCGGAAAGUUAUAGAGCACUGCAGUAACUUUAAGGAGGAGAACAUGGACACUUCCAGAUAGAGGCAAUCACCUAGUGCCUCUUGCCAGCACUGUAUCCAGCUUCCCUCUAAUUCACUGUAUAUAGGGAGGACUCUUUCUUACCAACUCGCCCGUUGGAAGGAAACUUUAUGUGUGUGUGUGAGACCCUCAGUAGAUGAAGGUGAACAGGGGAGGGGGGGGAGGGACUUUUUGCACAACAAAAUGCUUUCCUUAAAUUAGUGGACUUUUUCGUUAUGAAGUUUCAGAUUGAAGUUCUGUGUGUAUGAUUUCUGUAUAAAAAGAAAAAAAAAACAAAGACAACUACAUUAUGUAUCUUUUAACCUUUUGUUUUUUGACCACACAGAGAGCCUCAAAUGAUUAAGAGCUUGAAGACCUAGUUGUGUGAUCGCUAGUGUGACUUUUUUUAUUUCCCACUUUUUAGAAAUUUCCCUUUUGCUGUAUUGCAUGAGGUCCUGUAAUGUCUGCAAGAACACCAGUCCUGAAUUGGUAUGGGCCACUCAGUGGGUUUUAUAGGCAAUGCUGAGUUAUUUAUUUGCUUAGAGAGGUUGGGGGACACAAUACAAGAGAGUUAGACCAAGAGAACUGACCUUUUUAGUAAUAUUUGUAAGUAGAGAAAAUGGGAAAGAAAGAUCUUUCAAGUCAAUUCAUUCCCUUAAAGUUUCUUUUUAUGGAAGACUCAUGUUAAUAGACGCACUGCUAAGUGUACGUGGGUUAUUUGGAAGUAAGACAUUCCCAUUAAAGUUCUGUUUUGUCCCCUCUGGCAGUUCAGUAGGAUCUGCCAGCCCACCCAGUCUCACACGGUCAGGGACGACCAGUAAAACCAGUUAUACAUCCGUGGCAACACAGAGCUUUUCCGUCUAAGGGAGGCUGUGCAACAAGGAACAAGGUUUGUUCACAAAGGGCUAUACAUCUUCAUUCCAGUACUUCAGCUUUUUAGUUGUGUUCUGCUUUAUGGGGAGGGGCUACAAAUGCCAGAGAGUGGAUUUCCCCUUGGCAUAAGAAAUUCUAUUAGACCUGAGGCCAGAGCAGCUUGUACCAGUGCGAGUUCCAGUAAUGGACUGAAGCUGUCCUACCCUUCUUCAGUCUGUGUUGGUACAAGUCAUGCUCAAUGACAAAGUAAUCUCCCUUUCUAGGAAGCUUACUGCAGCACAGGUGCUGUCAUUGGAGGUGCUAACAUCCUCUUUUGAGCCUGGGGAAUCUCUAUGCACACUGUGGAGUGUGAUCUCAUGAAACAGCACCCCUUGUUCCACCCCAACAUCUUCCCCUUCUUCUGGGAAGCAAAGGGCCCUAUUCUUAUCCAACUCCCACCAGUGCAGUCCCACUCACGUCAGCAGAAUUACUCCAAUUUAUAUGGUGCAGGGGAGAAAGGAGUCCCGCUAAGGUGGUCUUGACCUUUAAGACUCUAGACCUAUAGAUGCUUAAGAAGCCAAGGGCCAAAGUUUGCUGCGUAGCCAGGCACUCAACACCACUUUGUGCAGAUCAUGCUCAAGAGCCCCCUGCUUGUCACAGUUCUUUCACAUUUCACAGUUCUUCCCUUAAAAAGGGGUUUAGAAAAUAUUUUACAUCUGCAGCUAGAGGAAGCCACGGCCACGUGAUUUAGGACAUUUCAGGCCUCACACAGCACAGUAACCGUCGCUGCUCUCUUCCCUUACAUUGCUCUCAGAUUUGACUCGCUGCUAUGACAGGUUCUUCUAAUGCUCAGAGUUAAUGCUGCCAUUGCUGAGCACAUUAUAGAUAGAUCCUAGAGACACAAACUGACACUUUAAAUGACAGAACACAGCUGCCCUGAGAGGUUUACUUUUUUUUCUGCCAAUAUGGUGUUACUCAAUGUCUUUUUUUCUCUUUUUAACCAUACGUCAUUUGUUUUGAUAUUGUGAGACCUGUACUUUUUUCUUUAAGUAUUUUUCAAACGUAUAUAUAUUUUUGUGUCACUUUUGAAUUGUUUUCAUAUGGUUUGCAAAACUUGACAAAUUAUACUUUUUUGAGGUUGUUUGAUUGAAAUGUAUUUUUAUCUCUCUGAUUCCUGUUCCCCAAGAAUGUGUGUCCCUAUAAGCUUUGAGACAGACAAGUUUAUUUCAUGAUGUUUUCUGUGUAACACUUGCUAAUCAUUCUCCUAGAUGCAAAACUAAGAGCGGCUGCAUAUACUGCUUACCAGCCUCCACGCGUUAGGGGAGUCAGGCUUUGCUCAUUUAAUCCUCCAUUUACUGCUCUCCUUUUGAAGUUGUCUCAUGUGACAGUACCACCCACUAGACUUUAUUCCUCUCUAACACCCAUGUAGUGAAAGCUCCUACCACUAAAAACUUGAAUCAAGUGACAAAAAGCACUCAAGGUUCUGACUAUGUUGGCAAGGUGGGAUUGAAGGAAGUGGGGAAACAUCACAGAGGCAAGAGGUCUCAGCAACCUAGAAUGCAGAAUCCCCAGGAUUUAGUUGGCAUGCUGAGGAGACAGCUGCAGCACACCUCAGCCUCACACUAAUCACAGCAAAUCAGGCUUUUUACUCUGAGAUGUUGGCAAAACUACAUCAAGGUUAAUGGACAAAUUAUGGCUUGGUUCCAUCUGUCUCAAGACUGAAGAACACCAAAGGUUUGGGUUUUCUCAAGCUAGUGCCUCUGUAAGUUGAGUUAUUACUGAAGUCACACCUGCUGCAGCUAGACUGUGGGAUCAUAAACUAACAAGAUCCAAGCUGCAUCAAACCUUUGUUUCACAAUGUAAAGAUGUUCUCUGUCCUAACUGCUCUCAUGUCCUCAGCAAGCUGUACCUGAGCCUGAACCAGAAAAA